CAUCCGACCAUCAAUCUCUCUUCUAAACGCUAGCCAGCAUGUAAGUGACCACUGACUUGGCACGCAGUGGCACCCAUCUCAUCUGUCGCAUUCUCGCGUUCUCUUCUCAGCUGCUGCUAACCUGGAUGAACACCUACCACAACCCUCACCUACCACCCCGUAAAUCGCACCGCAAGCGCUUUUCUGUCUCGAGAUUGUCCUCCGAAACAGUCCAGACACUACCGGAAUACUCCUCCCCGCCUCGUUGGGCUCUCCCAGUUAAGCCUUUCCUGUUAGAGGAGGAAGAAUCCGACAGGCCACCGGAUUAUCCCAGUGCAAUAGACGAUGCAGACGCAGAUACGGAGGAGGAUUGCGACCAUUCCAGCAUGCCCUCGAAGCGUCGGUCACCAUCACACAUUCGCAGGCGAAAACGUGUCCUGCCACCACGUCCGCCGGCGGACCCUUUCCUCGACACUCUACUGGAGCGCAGCGUGCAUGCGCUCGAGUUGUCCAACGCGUUACUGCAGAGUUCCAUGUCCACGCAGACAAGCUUGUCCACACUCCUUUCCCCUGCGGAAACCGAGCCAGACCGUACCUUGGAAGUGCGUGCGCGAAACUUAUCCACACGCAUUAGAGUCAACAGCGGGUUACAUGCAACGUGGAUGGACCACCUGGAGGAAAUAUCUCAAGACGUAGAUAAGCUAUUGGACGAUAGUGUCUCAUCUGAUGACGAAGGUGCGGUGAGCCGCAGUCUUCCGACAUCCACAGCGUCACGAUUACGCCAUCGAAGUAAACCGUCGCUUUUGGAGCUCAAUGGAGCAUCUUCUAGUACUUCACAGCUACAGUAUUCACUUCCGGCGCGCGAUAGUCUUAUUGCACCCGCACCAAGGGCGCUGACUCAGUACGUUGAGUCAUCGACUGACCCCGAAGUUAUAAUACUUCCAUCCACGCUUGGUGUUCGCUCUUUUCCAUCCACGCACUCUGCUAACUUGCGAAACCAUUUACCCGAUUCCACCCCACACACAAUUCCCUCCCAGUCUUCCAGCUCCCCCUCCGAAAUAUCAGGUACCGCGUUAUCAGCUUACCGUCUCCUUACAAAAUUUGUGAAACGGCCCGAAGUUCCCUCCGAAGCUUCCUCUCGACUAUUUGGCUUGCCUUCGAGGCGCGGGUCCACCGGUACUUCAAGUACAGAAAGGGGAUCAGCGGUAUCUUCGCCAUCCUCCGUGCGAACAAUACGAUCGUCUCCUGGUGGCCGCUGUCGGCCGAGAACCCGAGCAUCUACUCUUCGAUCUCGUUCCGUGACGCCAAUACGACGAGCGCCGCUGGCCCUGCGAUCCACAACACCCCCGGUAGAGGUGCUGUCGGUGUCGUCCUCGGAGUCUACCACGUCUUCCGAUCAUCCCACCGGAUAUCGUGCAAUGCAAUCUCUGCGCAAAAUUCUGGAAAAGCAACCAUCAUCCGUUUCCGUGGAUGACGACUGUCGAAAGAGGGGGAACCACCACCGUACACGGAGUUUCCAGCCUGUGACACCUCCCCCUCCGCCAGUCUCAGCCGCGUCAAAUGCUACGGCGUCUGUGUCGCGUCUGUUCACGAAAGGUCGGCACUCUCUGUCCACACGGCCUCCAUCCCCUCCCGCGCAUUCUUCUCUGAAAGUGCACUCCGUUCCCCCAACACCAGCACCAUCUCCGAGCUCCGUCAGCUUGGUGGACUUACUCGGAAAUGGCGUAGCCAAAGCGUUUGGAAGUGGCCCAUCGUCAGGUACAAAUACGCCGAAGCGCAUCAGCUUUGCAGAGCUUCCUGAGUCUUACUCUAGCUUGCGGCCCAGUAGCUCGAAACUUCGGGAUAAGAAGGGCAAGAAGAAGUCCAAAUUAGAACCCGGGAGGGUGACAGAGGGAGAAAGUUCUGGCUGGUUUCACACUUGGCUGGGUGUUGGACCGUCCCCUUGGAGAUCUCAAGAAGAGAGGAUCGAGGAGCGGAUGACAAGGGGUUGGGGAGCCAGGCCCGGGUAUGGAACGAUAGACGACUGGGCCGUCUAGAGCUUUGGCGUUCAAGGACUUCUGAUUGGAUCACGUAAGUUAUACGGAUACAUGUGGGCUGUACUGAUUUAUUUGGCAUUCACGAUAUGCUCAUGCUUGUCAUUAUGUUUUAUACCUCACCUUCAAAUACCUAUCGCUAACCAGCUAUGAUGUAUUCUGCAACCUGAUUCUGCUUGUUGGAUGUAGUGUAUCGCUUAACGAAAGA